GUUAGUAGUAGGUUAAAUCCACGCCAUUAUAUUUAUAUAAGGAGUUUAAAUCCACGCCACCUGGCGGAGGAAAAUAACAACAACAAACAUGGGAGGUGGACAGGGAAGGCGGAACUCCGUUACCUAGCAACACUUCCGGGUCUCUCUUCACGUGACGUCUUGUUGCGUGAUCUACCGGUAGUUAAUCUAAUGUGUCCUUUCACCCUUGUUUAUUAACCUGUCAUCGUCAUGUAAAGCGCUGAAAACCGGAACAGACCGAGUCGACGGUGUGGUCAUCAUAGUUGGCUUUGGUCAAAACGGCGAGUUAGUUACGCAAAUGCAGCAAAAAGCGUCUUCAUGGAUUUAUUAUUAUUUUGACAUCAUCAUCUGGCACAUGGUGUGAGUCAGAAAGACUAAGAACUUAUCUUUAUGCAGGUAAAAAAUGACUGAUCAGUAAUGGAGACUCCAGCAUUGCCACAUGAGGUCAUUUCUCACAUUCUGAGCUUUCUUCAUCCGUCAGACCGAAAAGAAGCCUCGCUGGUCUGCAGGAGCUGGUACGAAGCCAGCCAAGAUCAUCGGUUUCAGAACGUCACGUUCAGGUUCCCGGCUUGUGCGUCUUCGUUAGGGUUUGUCUGUGGACUCGCUCGUCGCCAUCAGUGCAGUCUGAUCAUCAGCCAUGUGGACGACUCCAACCUGUCGCGUAAAGUUCUGGAGGAGGUCCAAGUCCACCUCGGGGGUCGGAUCGUGGGUCUGGCGCUGCCUCGGAGCAGUAUGAUGGAGUCGACCCUCCUGAAGCUGCUGCCGUGUCUGACCGGACUGCAGAGGCUCCACCUUAACGGCCUCGACAGCCUCUUCAUGUCAGGAGCUUUCUUGAGCCGUGAAGAGCAUCGACAGCAGGUUCAUACAGCGCUGAAGAACCUGGAAGAUCUGGACCUGUCUGACCUGCGCUACCUCUCAGACCUCACCUUUAACCGUUUAACAGGCUGCACUGUGAGACUCCAUCGUCUAGCGCUGGCUGGGUGUCACAUCGCUUUCGAGUUUGACCCGUACCUGGGCCGUGCGGUGGGGCCGGGCUCGUCAGCCAUGCUGUCGCUGAGGAACCUGCUCCGGCUAGUCCAGGACCAGAGCUCCACGCUACGCAGCCUGGACCUCAGCCGCACCUCCAUCACCCCCGAGUCUCUGCGCGCGCUGGUCCUCGUCCCCGGCCUCCACCUGGAAGAGCUGAGCCUGUCCAGCUGUAAGAAACUCACCGAUUACUCCAUCGAGCAGCUCUGCAGACACCAGCGAGGACUCCACACGCUGGACCUGAGCGGCUGCACGGAGCUGACGAGCCGCAGCGUGCUGGCUGUAGCUGCUGAGCUCAAACAGCUCCAGAGUCUCUCGCUGUCCCGUGUCUGGAGGAUGACAGAAAAAGGGCUGGCAGAUUUAACGGCGCUUCCUGCUCUGAGCUCGCUGGACCUGGCUGAAUGUGUUAACGUGAGCGGAGCCGAGCUGGUGAAGGGUCUGUCAUCACCACAGCACAGAGCUCAGUUGGAGAAACUCAGCCUCAGGAGCUGCGCCUUCGUCCAGGACGUUUGCUCACUAGCUCAGUUGUCGUCCAGUCUGAAAGAGCUGGAUCUGAUCUCCUGUGUCCUCCUGACAGACCGGAGUGUCCGUGCCAUCGCCUCCUACCUGCCCGGGCUACAGGUGCUGCGCCUCGGCUCGUGUAAGCUGAUUACAGACUGGGGGCUGCUCGGGAUGGAGGAGCCCAGUGAUGACAAACAGCUCAACAAGUGUGCGGAGGAGGAUAAAGGGCCUUGCUUCACCAGGACUUUCGGGAACAUGGGCUUCUUUCAGCCUCCUCGAAUGCCGUUCGAUGAAAAGCCACGUCUAGUGACUGACGAGGACCUGGGCGCCUUCAAAGAGCAGGAAGGAGCUUCGUUGCGGGUGAUCAGGGGCUUACAGGAGCUCGACCUGUCCGGCUGUUCCAACCUGACAGACGUCAGCAUGAUGCAGGUUCUACAGUUCCCUGUGCUCCAGCGCCUCUCUCUCGCCAUGCUGCCGGAGAUCAGCGACAAGGGCGUGGCGUCUGUCGCUCUUCACUGCCCCUGUCUGACCAGCCUGGCGCUGAGCGGCUGUUCCCGGCUCACAGACGCCGGUCUGGCACGCGCUCUGCCUCGUCUGCACAGACUGCAGCAUCUGCAGCUCGCCUACUGCGACGGCAUCACAGACAGGUCCCUGAGCCUCCUAGUGCAGCACUGUAAGAGACUGAGGACGCUGGACAUCUCCAUGUGCAGAGACAUCACUGUAACUAAGGUGGACUUCCUCCAAUCACAUCUGCCCUUUCUGGAAAGUGUCCAGUACCGGUUUGUGGGUGGAGCCGAAUUCAACCUCGCGCUCUGAUGACAUGAUGACACACAAUUUAAACACUUGGAUGAUACUUGACGAGGCGUUUUUGCACACGUGACUGACGCUGCAUGUUAAUUAUACAGGCACGUGUAGAGGAGGCAGGAAAUAAAACGUGGACCAAUGAAUAAUCUGUAACACGUGCUAUAAAGGUCACAGCUGCAGUGAAGUAUAUAUAAGCGCAUUCAUAUCAUGCCAUAAGAAUCACUACUUUACUGUAUUAUGCAUUAUAACAUCGAGCACGUUUGUGUCACAAAGGCUGUAUUUUUUUUUAUUCUUUAAGAAAUCAGUGAAUAUAACGCGCCAUUGUUGUGAGUUUAUUUAUGACUGAUGAUCUAAUGCAUCUUGAACACUGCUUAUAACUUGGAAAUGCAUUUUAAACACUUCUCUAUACCGCCGUGCCUUUUCCUAAACAAGUAAAACAACGUGUAUUAUAUAUAAUGUAUAAAUAAUUAUAUAUAAUGUGUUAUAACUGUUUAUGAACGUGUUCAUAGUUAAUUACAGAUGUGGCUUUAAUAGAAAGUGUUAUCACAAAACCAGCUCAGGUCUGGGUUUAUAUACUUUUUGUUUUGUUUUUUUCCAUGUUUAUUUUUACAUAUAUAAUUUUAAAUAAAAUAUUUCCCUGAUGAGGAUGUUGGAUAUUUUAGAGUUUAUGUAAUGUAGAGCUGAAGAAGCAAAAAUAGUACUUGUAAGUAAUAGUAUUUGAAAUGCCAUAAACAAUCACACAGCAAACCUUCUGGCAAGGGCAUGUACUGUAUUGAUGCUGGAGAAGUUGGACUGCCUGUGCAACCUCUGUAGGGUCCAGAUAUCGCCUCAUGCUCCCAAACCCUAGCCAAGUGUAAAACUAGUGAAAAACGGUCAGAAAAGAUGAGUAGGGAAAAAAAUGUCAGUGGCCUCCUCCUGUAAAACCAUUCCCAUCCUCUGGAAUGUAAUCAAGAGGAAGAUGGAUGGUCACAAACCAUCAAGCAAAGCUGAGCUGUUUGCUUUUUUGAAAAAAAAGAGUGGUAUAAAGUUCCCAAACAGCAAUGUGAAAGACUGGUGGAGAUCAUGGAUCCAAAACGCAUGCAAAUCGGGUCAUUCCACCAAAUACUGAUUUCUUAAUGUUAUUUAGCCAAAGCAUUAACACAAUUUGUUUGCAGAUUA